AUGGAGCAGCUGCUGGCCGGCCUGUCACACGUUGCCGUCUUCCUGGAUGAUGUGUGCAUCAUGGGCCGGAGCGACGAAGAGCACUGCCGCAAUGUCGAAGCGGUGCUGAAGCGUCUCUUAGAUGCUGGUCUGCGGCUGAACCCGAGCAAGCGUGAGUGGAUGACUAAAGAAGUAGAAUACUUGGGCUACAGGGCCGAUUGCAACGGCAUCGAUUCCACAGCCGCAAAAGUGCUGGCAAUCGUGGAGGCGCCACAGCCUGCUGACGUCAAGCAGCUGAAGGCAUAUCUCGGACUGUUCAUGUACUACUCCAAGUUCAUGGACAGCCUGGCCACAGUGGCGGCGCCGCUCUAUCGGCUGCUGAAGGCAGGCCAGCGGUGGAGCUGGGGACAGGCGGAGAGCGCGGCAUUCCUGAACCGGCCCCAGACCUUCCCGGUGGUGGAGAGCCCAUGGCCGUACCCGGAGGCACCGUGGGACCGUCUGCACAUGGACUAUGCGGGACCGGUCGAUGGGAUGAUGAUUCUGGUCAGCGUGGACGCCUACUCAAAGUGGAUAUCGGCGUAUCCCACGACGGCGUCAACAGCAGAGGCAACGGUUGAACGGCUGAGGAUAGCCUUCUCAGAGCAUGACUCCGCCCUGCUCGAACGUGCCCGAACCAAACAAGAGCGUCAGACACUGGUGAACAACCGGCACUCGACCGCGGCGCGGCAGUUUGAGACUGGCGACCCGGUGUACGUGUCUGCGGUCGACCAGCGGCCCUGGCAGCCAGCGGUGGUGGCGGCGGCCCUCGGGGUGGAGCCGGGUCAGGCGACGAAACGCUGGGACAGCAGGAGCUGCUGCUGCAAGGUGAUGCUCGCCAUCGUCUGCCUGCCUAGCUUUCCCGUCUCUGCUGUCUGA